AUGCAGCAACUCGGUGGUCUCUUCUCUUAUAGAAAAGCUGAGGCCGUUAUCUUCCCGCGUCUCGGAACAUUUUCUAUUCCUCCUCCUACUGGAAACUUCAACUUUAAUGGCCUCGAUUUCAGCUGUUGGAGUUCCGCUCCAGUCGCCGUUGUCAUCCAUUGGAAGAGCUUCAACAUACGCAAUUUUUGUAUAAAAAAAUGUGCUGGAGUCAUUGAGAGAAGAGAAGUUAUAAUGUUAUCUGUUGGGUUUCUGGCCGGAGCAGCUCUGCAGCAUUCUUCUUCAAAUAAAGAUGCAGCUAUGGCAGCCGAAUUCGCUGACAUGCCAGCUCUCAGAGGGAAGGAUUAUGGCAAAACAAAAAUGCGGUAUCCAGACUACACAGAAACAGAAUCAGGUCUUCAGUAUAAGGACUUGCGAGCGGGAAAUGGUCCCUUACCUAAGAUAGGAGAGAAAGUUGUGGUUGAUUGGGAUGGUUACACCAUAGGAUACUAUGGCCGCAUAUUUGAAGCUCGAAACAAGACAAAAGGUGGUUCCUUUGAGGGAGAUGACAAGGACUUCUUGAAAUUCAGGCUAGGAUCCAGAGAGGUUAUACCUGCUUUUGAAGAAGCUGUUUCAAGCAUGGCUUUGGGUGGCAUUAGAAGGAUCAUUGUGCCCCCAGAACUAGGAUAUCCUGAGAAUGACUACAACAAGAGUGGCCCAAAACCAACAACAUUUUCGGGUCAACGAGCCUUGGAUUUUGUGCUGAGGAACCAAGGGCUGAUAGACAAAACUUUGCUGUUUGAUAUUGAGCUCCUUAAAAUCAUCCCAAGCUAA